AUCCUGACACGCCCAGGCGCGCCGGAAGGGCUUCAGGUAACGGUGGCCGUGCGAAAGUCGUGCGUAUGGGGUUUAUUUCUUAAACUCUUUUUUUUUUUUUUUAGUCUUCAGAAAGGCCAGAGUAACUUCCCCCCUCCAUUUUGGGAAUCAGAUUCUGUUACUUCCAGAGACACCUCUUUCUCGCAUCUUUUCCUUUAUAUCUUUACUCUUCUGCCUGUUAGACCGUCUCUCCCCGCUGUCCUCCUAGACGUCUCACCGUUUUAUUUGAUUUUUUUUUUUUUUUUUCCCUUCUGUGCUUUUCGAGAAUCCCAGCCCCCGAGGUGAUCUUUCCUCCCGUUCUGUAGCGGAUCCCCGGCCGCCUCCGUCCGCGUUCUCGGUCUGAGGGAUGGAGCCUCACGGCCCUCGGGAAUCCCCGGGGGGACCUUGGGAAGGUUCUUCCUUGCCCGGAGCGUGGCCUUCCUCCGCCCUCGGGCAGGCCUUCUCCCAGAUCUUGCACCAGUUUGCCGGCCAGGAAUCCCGACGGGGCAAGGCCAGAAAUGCAGCUCUUGAGGACCUCGCUGCUCUGCUCGAAGCUAAAGAAUGUGAUCGGUUAUUUGAGGGGAGUGACGCCUCGCUCCGUGGAAUGCCCGAGAUGCUGGGGCAGGUGGUAAAAGCCUUGGGGAAGUAUGCAGCCCCUGCGGAGGAGCCGGAAGGGAGAGGUGACCGCCACUCCGAAGUGGCGGAGAAAGCGGCGGCAGUUGCGUUACUGUUUCUUAAGCUCUUGAGGAAGGUCGAGGCCGCCAAGAAUUCCUUGGUUUGCCCUGCAUGGAAGACAAGCCUCCGUCCCUUGGCAGGACCCAUCUAUGUUUUUGCGGUCACACACAGCUUGGAGCAACCGUGGACCAGCCAAAGAUCUCAAGAGGUCGCUGGACAGGUGCUCGCCUUAUUGCUUCAGGUCACAGAUUGUGGUUCUGUGGCUGGAUUCCUCCACGGAGAAAAUGAAGACGAGAAAGGGAGAUUUAGUGCGAUCAUGGGGCUUCUCAAACCCGAUUUGAAUAAGGACUCCUGGAAGAAUAACCCGGCCACCAAAUACGUUUUCUCAUGGACUUUGCAAAAGGUCACUCGACCCUGGCUGAGCCAACAUCUGGAGAGAAUACUUCCUCCAUCAUUGCUCAUGUCAGAUGACUAUCAGACUGAAAACAAAAUCCUGGGUGUCCACUGCCUCCAUCACAUUGUGCUUAAUGUGCCAGCUGCUGAGUUGCUGCAGUACAACAGGGCCCAGGUCGUCUACCACGCCCUUUUCAACCACCUGUACACACGGGAGCACCACCUCGUUCAGGCUGUGCUCCUGUGUCUGCUGGAUUUAUUCCCCGUCCUCGAGAAAGCCCUACACUGGAAGGGAGAUGGGGCCCGACCCACCACACACUGUGACGAGGUCCUGCAGCUGAUCCUAACGCACAUGGAGCCCGAGCACCGCCUUCUCUUACGCAGGACUUACGCGAGAAACCUGGCAGCUUUUGUGAAAAGGUUGGGGAUCCUAAGUGUCCGGCACUUGAAAAGGCUGGAGCGAGUCAUCAUUGGUUACUUGGAGGUAUAUGAUGGACCCGAGGAGGAGGCCAGACUGAAGAUGCUGGAAACCCUGAAGCUUCUCCUGCAGUAUACUUGGCCCAGAGUCUCCUGUAGACUUGUGGUCUUAUUGAAGGCCCUCUUGAAACUGAUAUGUGACGUGGCAAGGGAUUCAAGCCUCACACCAGAGUGUGUUAAGAGCGCCUUGUUAGAAGAGGCCACCGACUGCCUGAUUCUCCUGGACCACUGCUCUUCAGGACGGGUAAAGGGUCUCCUGGCUAAAAUCCUCCACAGCUGUGAAGACAGUCAGGUGGGGAGCUGCAUCCGAAGAGUGCAACAGCUUUCUGAAGGCGCUCCCUGCGACGCAACUUAAGACUUGUAUUACUUUCCUGAAAAGAAUUUUCUUUCUCUUCCAGUUGUUUUAAAUGGAAUUAUUUCAGGCAAAAGCAUCUGAAGAGUCACUCUCUGCCUCCUGCUGUUCCAGGGCCUUAUCGAAGGCGUGGAUGGGGAAGUUGUAGAUGUCACCGUACUGAAGAAAAGAAACAGGGGUCAGCUUUCGCCACGUUUGACCUCGUGCUUAAAGUCCACUGUCCAACCAGCGUAUUAUUUUCCUCAGUGAUUAAAUAGGAACAUUUAGUUUGACAGGUAAUAGUACUAUAUUAUGUUCAAGCCCAGAGCCAGUGCUGUCUUUAAAAAACCCAUAUUUGACAUUUAAAUAAUCAGCAAUACCAAACUUGUAACUCCUAUGAAGGAUGGACACCAGAUCAGUUAAAAUAUAGUAGUAUAUAAAACCCACGGAUUGAAACAAAUGUAGUUUUGCCAACAAAGGGGAAAUAAGGUUUAAAAAGCAUAUUUUAUUCAUGUUGUUUCUUUAAAUGACAUUCAUUUUUCAAAAGAGAAUAAAAAUUCAUUUUAAAGAACCUUAAAAGACUAGGAUGAAUAAGCAGGAGGAUAAAAGCUGUGUGGCUUUUGUAGAGACCUAGAAUUGCUGUGUUUGGAGGAGGAGUUGGGAAUAAUGGCAAAAAAGGAAAGGUCUCCAAACUGGAGUAUCAAGGGUUAACUGCAGUAGUUUACAUGCUUGCAUUACAAGCCAGAGCUAAUAUGAUACUUAUUUUAUUCCAGGAAUAAAAUCGAGGUAAGGCUCUUUCUAACAUCUUUAAAACCCAUUUCCAACUAGUCCCAUGUCUCCUGGCAUAUUACCUACCACCUAAAAAAUAAAAUCUGUACCCCAAAGUUUCUAGCUUUCUCACCGUAUCCUGUUUCAGUCUCUCCAGCAACUCUUUUUCGAUGGCAUUGUCCAGCUGAGCAGCUAUUAAUGCCUUUUCCUGUAAGAGAGAGAGAACAAACCCAUUUACUUCAUUAGUACUCAUUGUUCAGCCUGUAGAAGGGAAGAAACCAAGUUUUUAUGUGAAAGAUGUAAUCGCCUUUUCCCUCUUGCUGUAACAGGAACUUCUGCCUGUCUAACCAGAUAUAUUUUUUCCUUGUCAAACCUUGGAAAUCUUUCGACUUAAAAAAAUUCCUAUGGUUUUAUGAAUAGAUUUCUAAAUUAAA